UUGCAGGAACCUAAAAUUACGGGCGAGUACCUCGAAGGCAUUCAAAGAGCCAUGCAAAAAUAUGAUGCAGAGCUCAGAGAAAUCAAUCAGUUUAUCUGGACAAAUCCCGAGCUUUCUUAUGAGGAGUACAAAUCGCACAACAGAAUCUGUGCUAUGUCUAAAAGCCGUGAGGCUGAAGGAUAUAAGGUUCGGCGGAGUGCCUAUAGGUUAAAAACUUCUUUCUUGAUUGGGUAUACUGAUAGCUCUGGAGGCAGAGUUGCGGCGUUCAAAGCCGAAUAUGAUGCACUUCUGUGA